CAGGUUUCAAUUCAAGAACGAUCCUUUAUACCAACACUUUGUGUGUUCAAUUUUUAUCUGUACAUGAAACAUGAAUUUUUUUGAGUGUCGUUUAAAUGAACUCUCCGAUUCCUUUUUUGUUUAAUGUCUCUACCAAAAUAUGAUCAACACCAUCAUCCACAAUAAAUUAUCCGGAAUAUUCAAAGCGAUUACCAUACAUUUGAAAAAUAAUUGUGUUACCAAUCCUGGAUCACUUUCUUCUUCCCCUCUCCGAUUUUCAUCGUCUUCAUCAGUUUCUUUUACUUAUCAUCAAAGUUUCGCGUGGCGACCCAAUUUCUUUUUAUAAUAAUUAACAAAGUGAAACUAAAAACAAAUUUUCAGAAUCAACUAAUAACUUAUCUAUAAUUUCUAAUUUAUUACAACUUCUCCUUUUUUAUACAAUUUUCAAUUCAACACUAUUUCUCACUCUCUUUUUAUUUGAUAUUGAUACUAUUGUAUACUACAUUCUAUAACUUUCACCACAAUACCGACAAUCUUUUAUACAUCAAAACCACUCUUUUCUCUCUUUUGUUUCUUGCUUUGUGUGUCUCUUUUUUUUCAUUAAUUAUUCAUACUCUUAAAUCAAUUACCUUGUCAAAGCCAGCGCUUGGGUAAACCUAUUUUGUUUCACUUGUAACCCCCAAUGCUACACCAUUCAGUGCUUGUGUUAACGUUCUAAAUGAUAUGUGAGCGAUAUGCCCGUUAAUUGGCCCACAACCGGCCGCACGCCCGGCUCUGCUAUGGAAUACGUUAGACAGUUAAAAGCAUUGACUACCUUUUCAUCCCUUUUUGAAUUCAAUGCGAAUCAAAUACGCGUUGAUAAUAUUGUUUUUAAGUUACACUCAACAGUGACUGUACUCAUACUCUUAGUUGGAACCAUGUUUGUUUCUAUGAGACAAUAUUUUGGUGAACCAAUAGAAUGUAUGAACGGUGGGAGAAGUGAUAUUCAAAUUGCCACAAUCCAACAUUAUUGUUGGCUUGAAGCUACAUUCUCCGUCCCCGGACCCAAAACCGAAUAUGCUGGAGUCCAUCACGCCUAUCCAGGUAUAAAGACACAAGGACCUAAUGAUAAGAAGGUCUACCAUAAAUACUACCAAUGGGUUUACUUCGUUUUAAUAAUACAAGCUAUACUGUUUUAUGUCCCACGGUAUAUAUGGAAAGCAAAGGAAGCCAAAAGGAUUCGUACUUUAAUUAGCGAGCUUAAGCAGCAACAUAUACUUGAAAGAAAUGAGUAUGACCGCCAAAGACUAGUUCAGGAUGUGGCUGAUUCUCUGUUAAUCAGUAAUGACUACUUCUAUCAUUUCUUUAUGUGCGAAGUGUUCUAUAUGAUCCAUCUUGUAUGUCAAGUAUGGUUCACCAACAUGUUCCUUGGUGGGGCCUUUUUAUAUCUCGGCCUGGAAUGGCUAUCAUUUGCUCAUGCAUCUAUAGACUAUCGUUAUGAUCCUCUAAUUAGAGUGUUCCCUAGAUUGACCAAGUGUAGUUUCCAGAAGUUUGGCUUCUCUGGUACAAUAGAGACAAUCGAUACUCUGUGCUUCUUACCGUUGAACAUUGUCAACGAAAAGAUUUAUGUUGUCCUUUGGUUCUGGUUUCUAUUUCUAUUUAUCGUCACCGGUUCCUACUUGGUCUAUCGUAUUGUACUGAUGGUUUUACCAGCAGCUAGGUAUCGAAGAUUACAAGCCAUGGCUCCAAGUACAGACAAGAAAUGUCUUAAAAGGUUGUCAAGCCGAGCGGGCAAUUGGUUCAUCCUUCAAUUCCUCGCAAACAAUAUGAAACCCUCACACUUCCGUGAUCUCAUUGAUGAAGUGAUGAAAGCACAUUUUGACCAGGCCGGCAAACCACUAUAUAAAAGUAAUAAGCUUGGUAAAGCAAUUCAGAAUGGCUUAUCAUCUGUGACUCCCUCUGCUCCAAAAAACUCAGGUAAACCUGAUAAAAAGACGAAAAAGUUCGGAGAUAAGAAGGGUGGACUGGACAUUGGUUUUAACGCACCCAGUGCUCCGAAUCCGGGGUUUGUUGUAAAGCGUGAUCCACCCUCUGGACAUUCAGGUGACUCAGAUGAUUGGGUCGGCCUGGGAAGUGGUACUGAAGAUCCCCUUAAUGAUAAUUGGCCUUAAUGCUGAUGCAACGUUUAAUAUCCAAUUUAUAAAGCUUUUUACAACAAUUAAUACAACUUUAAUAAAUUUCUACAUCACCUCUGUCAUCACCAUCUCAAUCAUCUUCAUCAUCAAAUUCAAACCUUCAUCCUCAUCUCUCUCCUCAUUCACAUUUUACAUGGUUUUAAACAUCAUCCACGCAACCAUGGUUUACCAAUCGCGAGUUCAGGAAUCCAAAUAGGAUGUGUGUCUUUUUUAUGUAAAUAAUUCAAUUGUGGUCAUCAUUGCUUCUGUUUUUUUAAAAAUCACCAGGAUUAAUUUUUACACCGUACUGUAUACAUUACUCAUGAAUCAUGUAAACAAACACUCUUCCUAUCCAUCUCCAUUGUCUUCUCCACUUUUAAAGACAACAUUUGAUCUGGACAUUUGAACGAAUGAUGGAAAACAAUUUAGAAAGCAUUUAUGUGACCAAUACCUCUCUCUCUCUUCUUCUCUGCAUCUCGAAUCAUGUAUACAAUGCAUACACACAACAAGCACACCUUUUGCAACAAUAAAAAAAACAAUUAUAAAUGCAACUCAAUAAUCCUCAUCAAGGUAUACCGAAGACGACGUUGACUACUUCUACAAUUAAUUUAUAGAAACUUUCCUUAUGCUUUUAACCUCCUCUUUAAUUGCCAACGGACACCAUCAAGGGUGAACUCAACCAAAAUCAAAGCUGUUUUUCAAUAUCUAAAUUCAUUUUUCAAUAUUAAAAACACUUUGAAUUUAGUA